AUGUGUUGUGUCCCACUCUUGUGUUGCGCUGGAGCAGCCAUUUGCUGUGCAGGCCGAGCUUGCUGUGGAUGUCUCUGUGCCCCUUGCAGUAAAAUGGGAGUACAUUCCAAGAAUUUCGCUAAGAUUGGCUACGUGAUAUUCCAAUUCUUCUGGAUUUUCGUUUCGAUCGCUUUGCUCUUUUCUGCCAAGAAACUGGUCGAUAUUCUACCUCAUUUCCUCUAGUGUCCUGACCAAUCAGGAGACGACUCUGCUUGCAUGGGACCCUCUGCAAUUAUCAGAAUGAGUUUUGUGUUGAUGUGCUUCCAUGUGUUGGUUCUUUGUAUCAUUGUGACUAGAAACCAAUGCGCCUCUAUCUUCCACGAUGGGUGCUGGGGCAUGAAAUUCAUUUCAGUUCUGAUCUUUUUCAUCAUCACUAUGUGGAUACCAAACUCAUUUUUCGAAGGCUACACACAAUUCGCCCGUAUAGUCUCAAUCAUAUUCCUAAUGCUUCAGGCACUUAUCAUGCUGGUAGUAGCAUAUAAAAUUAACGAGGUGCUAGUGGGCAACUACGAGAGAGAAAACACUUCUGGACUUGGUUGCUCAGGUGUUAUUAUCAUUGUACUUACUGCAAUCAUUACUGCAGGAGAUAUCACAUGGGCUAUUUUCUAAUACAUUUGGUAUCAUGGCUGUGGAUACAACAACGUGAUCAUCACUAUCACCUUAGUAGCAAGCAUCUCAUUCUUUGUGCUGGUGUUCUUCAGAACCCGCGAAGAUGCAAGCAUUCUUACCUCCUCAAUUGUGGUAUCUUACUUGCUCUAUCUCUAAUGGUCAGCUUUAGCUUCCAAUCCAAAUGAGGAAUGCAAUCCAUUCUAGGAAUCAGCAGUCAACACAACCAUGCAGAUCAUAGUAGGACUCAUCUUUACAUUCUUCUCGCUGAUCAUUAUCUCAUCCUCGACAAAGAAAUCCGAUGCAACUAACCUCACCACCUAGAUGAACCAACCCUUAAUUGAGGAUGAAGAGGACAAUCACGAGAGAGUUGAUCCAGUUGUUAAAAAAGAUGGCACUUAGUUAAAUCAUGAGGACUUGCAUGCCUUCCCAAUCUCCUCUCAAACUAUAUUCUUCCAAGCUCUCCUAGUCUUGGCUUCAAUAUACUAUGCCAUGCUGCUUACUAACUGGGGAAAUCCCACUCUGUUCGAAGAUACCAUAGACUUCUAUGAAUCCAACUACACUAGUUUCUGGAUUAAGUUAGUAGCCUAAUGGAUCUCAAUGGCUAUAUAUCUGUUCUCAAUGAUUGCUCCAGUCAUCUUUAGGAACAGAGAAUUCUGA